GGAGGUGUUUGUAUUAGAGAAGUGUUUGUAUUAGAGGUAUUGAAGAGUUAUCCGUAUGAGAGAGGUGUCCAUAUUAGAGAGAUGUCUAUAUUAUAGAAAUCGCCUAUUGACUGAAUUUAUUUCAUUUCUGCAGGGGUUUAGAUGAUAAUCUGAUAGACAGCUUUCCUGUUUUUAAUGACUUCUCUCAAAAGCUCAAGAUAUUGUAAGUAUAUGAGGUAUAUCAUAUUUCAUGUCAUAUCGCCGCUUGAGUGUUUUAAAAACUAACAACGAUGGAAUCAUCUUAUUUAGAAGUCUCCGUGGGAAUAAUAUUAAAGAACUCAAGCUACAAGAUUUGAACAAAUUCCCAGAAUUGGAGGAAUUGUAAGUUCACUGUUUACGUCACCAAAUUUACAUAUAAGAAUAGCGACUAUUGGCAUUUUUUUUCUAAUCUUGCAAUUCUCAUUAAAAAAACUACGAAAUUGUAAUUAAAUUAAAAUUAAAAUAUGAAGAUUAAUCACAAACUAUAUACAUUUUGACUUGUGCUUUAUUAAUUUUGCAUCUUAUCAAUAUUGCUUAGCUAUCUCCGAGAAUUAUUCUUGUGCUUUUGCAUCUUAUCAAUAUUGCUUAGCUAUCUCCGAGAGUUAUUCUUGUGCUUUUGCAUCUUAUCAAUGUUGCUUAGCUAUCUCCGAGAAUUAUUCUUGUGCUUUUGCAUCUUAUCAAUAUUGCUUAGCUAUCUCCGAGAAUUAUUCUUGUGCUUUUGCAUCUUAUCAAUAUUGCUUAGCUAUCUCCGAGAAUUAUUUUUGUGCUUUUGCAUCUUAUCAAUAUUGCUGGAAAUACUGUAUGUAUUCUUAUUGUGUUUCUGUUUACUUCAGGCAUUUGGGGAACAACAAAAUUACCUCGCUACAAGAUGGUGUUUUUCCAAAUAUGAAGAAAAUUAAAAUAUUGUAAGUUGUUUGUUUCUUGAACAAAACACAAACUUUAUCCAUCUUUGCUUGUAGUGGUAUUAGCUGUUCUAUCGUUGUCUUAAUAACAUGGUGACACGCGUUAUACUACGAGAUAAUUAUUAACCUUUUUCAUUUUUCAUUUUUAGAGAAAUGAGUAACAACCCCAUUGAGAGCAUCGCAUCGCAUGCUUUUGAGAAACUGGUGUCUCUAAAAACUCUGUGAGUAAAGUAUAUUACGUUUUUAGAGAAAUAUUUUCGGUCGUUCUGAAUAAGGGUGUUAGCAGAACCAGGGCGAAACUUCGGUAUUGCGGAUGGGGGGGGGGGGGAGUGAGCUUGUUUUGCCCGACCAAAAGGACGUCACCGAAGUCGUUCUCGACGGAUGAACAUUUCAGUCGCUAAUUAAUAUUUCUUCUCCCAAAAUUGUUGGCAAGGCGGGGGGAUUUCCGGACCGAGCAUUUUUCACUAACUUUCAAAAUAAUUUACCGUAGUUUGUAAAAUUUUUCAGUAAUAUUUUCCGGCGUAAAUUUAUCAAUUUUUUUCCUACAACUAUUACUUUUCAAUCCAAGACACUCGAAUAUUUUCAAAAUUUGCCUGACGAAAUUGUAUGGAUAUACCCGACGAGAUAGAGACUGGGGGUGUCACCCCCCCCCCCCCGGUAGUUUUGCCACUGAGAAGGACAGGGCCAUGCAUGUACCUAUUAACUCUGUGAUAAGCAUUUGAUUUGUGCAGCGUUUAUAGAAGAGUGCUUCCAGUCUGCCUUUACCAAAUACCACAGGUUUUCUCCCGGCGAUCGAUAGAGCUAUAUCCAGUAUAAAUAAAGUUAUUUUUUUAACUGAAUUUGUUUCUGAUUUUUAGAUAUUUAGACGGUAUCGACAUUGAAAAUCUGCCCACAGUUGGUCUUCAAAAUCUAAUAACUUUAAGUCUUGAUCGAGUACACAAAUUACGAACUAUUCCCGAAGGCCUGGAAAGGAUUGAAAACGUGAAGCUUGCUAAAGAAAAAUCCUUCUUAUGCUGCAAACUGAAAUUUGAUAGAAUCGGCCCACAUUUGACAGGCCCACGCACCAAAUUCAACGGAACAACGCGUAGCAUGCCCACAACACCCACAAACAGAGCAACUAGAAGCGAGUCUGCAACCCCAGCUGGGUUUGGGAAACGAAAGAAAAGGAGGUCAAUAUUAACUCUCUCUCCGUCUGCUGCUCCUCCAACGGGUCCGAUUAAUACAGUCCCUCCGUCCAGACCAUUAAAUUGCACACCGGAGCCAACGGCUUUUCAACCAUGUGAAGAUGUCAUGGGCGCGGACUGGCUGACUGCUGUUUCGUUUAUCAUCGCACCGUUUGCACUGUGUGGGAACUUUGUCGUUCUUGUCGUCUUCUUAUGUUUGGCAAGGAAUUAUAAUGUUUCAAGAUUUUUGGUGACUAAUCUUGCUCUAGCUGACUUGAGUAUGGGAGUAUACUUGCUAUCUUUGGUUAUUGAAUCUGUAAUAACCUCCGGAGAAUAUUACAAGCACGUAGAACGGUUUCAAUUUGGCUUGAGUUGCAACGUACUCGGCUUCCUGGCAAUGUUUUCCAGCGAGUUGUCCGUCUUUUCAUUAACAAUGAUAACGGUGGAACGCUACUUGACAAUCGUAUAUGCAAUGUACCCGCGGUAUAGACUGACCAUGCGCACUGCAAUCAUUUGUAUGAUUAUUGGAUGGAUUGUUGCAAUUACAGUUGCAGUUCUACCAAUAAGGGGUGUUGGUAGUUAUGGCAAAGUUGCAAUAUGUCUACCGUUCGAUACGGACAAUGGUGGAGAUCUGUAUUUAUUCUUUGUAUUCGGGUUAAAUGGUGUAGGAUUCCUAUUCGUCUGCGCGCUUUACGCUCAAAUCUAUCGUUCAGUUUUCAGAACCAAUAACUCGACUCCGACACGCGGGCACGAUUCCAGAGUCGCGAGACGAAUGGCGCUUUUGGUUUUCACUGAUUUUGCCUGCUUUACUCCAAUCGCCAUCACCGGCAUAUCUGCACUACUGGGCAACCCCUUGAUCGAUGUGAAACAAUCAAAGUAUUUACUCGUUUUCUUCUUUCCCUUAAACGGAUUGUUAAAUCCGUUUUUGUACGCGAUCAUUACAAAGACAUUUCGACGAGAUCUUGCAGCACUUCUCAAGAACUGUUUUGUAUGUGGUGGAACUCUGACCAAUUAUAUAUCCAAUUUUCCUGGAUCGCGAUCAGUACAAAGUACGAACGACGUUCUGAAUCCGUCCGCCCGACCAUCAUUAGACUUCAACGCCAUGGGCGGCUUUCAUAGUCUGGGAAAUAUUAGGGGCUCAAGAGAGAACCCCGUAUCAGCUUCGUUCUCAAAGUCAGAACCGAAUUUGGUUAAGUUUAAUGAUGAAGCAUUAAAUUCGUAAUGUGUAUAUUUAAUAGUUGGUGGUUAACAAGAUUGUAGUCUACAGACAGUUGUCGAGUGACAAGAUAAUGUCUUCUGAAGUAAUAGAAUUGAGAUAUAUAAUCUUGAAUUAUCUGUGCCAGUGUAGAUCGUGGCAAUAACAAGAAAGCUUCGCAUUGAUAGGGAUACAACUACCUGAAAAAUACAAGGAGAACUUCGACGAGCGAAGUCCCUUCGUCGGGAUGUUACUAUUAAGUUAGUAGCGGGAAGGGACUUUUUAAAAGGUAGUUGUAUCCCUAUAUCAAUCCAAAGCUUUCUCUAUACGUUUCUGCAUUUUUGAAGGUGAUUGCAGUAACCCAUGACAAACGUAAGGUAGUAUAUAUUUAUUCGGAUAAUUAUUAAAUCAAAUGCAAUCACAGGGAGAUUGUGCUGAUGACUCAUUCAAAUAUAAUGCAUUGUAAUAUAGUCAAGUCAUUCAGAUCUACGGUAAAGUUUGCAAAAAAAUUACUAUUACAAAAUUGUGCACAAAGUGCUAUUAUUGUGUUGAAACAAUAGAACUAUUGUUCUAGUACAAUAUAGUAUUGUGCUGGAACAAUGAAGUCAUUGUUCUGAGACAAUACCAUUGUUCUAGCACUAUAGCCGCACGGGCACUGGACAUACAGUAUAUAAAGCUUUAGAAACAGUCAUUUAAAUGUAUGUAUUUCAAAUUAUGAAAAUAAUUUAUUGUAGAUCGAUAGAAAGUGUAUAUGGUUAAUUUUGAAAAUCUGGUUCAAACCCAUAUCUUGUUAAUAGGGGAUUUAAGGAUUUUUAAUCUGGGAAAAAUGCAACAUUCUCAUUAAAGGAUUAAAUUUUUUAAAUGUUGUAAGAUGAACGUUUGCAUGUAAGCAUCAAGAUACAUUCAUUCCAAAAAUAUUCAUUGUACAUACAUGGAAUUAAAACUGUAAAUAUUGCAAAUAAAUUAAUG